CGUUGAUCGGGGAAGAAACAAGCACGCACGUAGGCGAAACUCCCGGCGGCCCAUAGUCCUACACCAACGACCGCCGGUCCAGCUCCAGCACAUGCGGCCACCCAUGCAUGCCCGAAUUACACUCCCGUCCCCAUCGUGGCACGUGCACCAAGGUGAAGAAUUGUCCAGAUCAAGAAAGUUACUGAGUCGAGGAGUACCUUUUACCACACACAGAAGAAUUGAUCAGAUCAUGAGUCUACGCCGUACGGCACUUAUGAGCUUCCAGGCAGCUGGCUGUCACCUUCAACGACGCGUAUACACUGCAUGGAUACGGCUACUUCCGGCCAAUUGAACGCCGCUUUGACUUGGCAGCUAAUUCUCUCGGUCUAGUGGUUAUCGCCGACCACACGCAUUCCUACCCAUCUCCGCCCGGCCACGAUCGACCUAUAUAUAAGCACCCCCUCGGCAAGCCCAUUCCCGGCAUAGAACAACAGCUAGCUUCGACCUAUAUAUAAGCACCCCCUCGGCAAGCCCAUUCCCGGCAUAGAACAACAGCUAGCCCAUUCCCGGCAUAUAUCACCACCAACGCACAGAGAUCACCUCAUCACAGCUUUCCAGUUCACCGGCCGUCGUCGCGAUGAAGCCCGGCACCGAGCCGGCCACCGGCGUCCCCGUCGGCGGCGCACCGGGCGCCCCGACCGCCUGGUCGUCCGGCCUCUUCGACUGCUUCGACGACUGCGGCCUCUGUUGCCUGACUUGGUGCUGUCCGUGCAUCACGUUCGGCAAGGUGGCGGAGAUCGUGGACCGGGGCGCGACGUCGUGCGGGACGAGCGGCGCGCUCUACGUGCUGCUGGCGUCGCUCACGGGGUGCCACUGGAUCUACUCCUGCACCUACCGCUCCAAGAUGCGCGCCCAGUACGCGCUCCCGGACGCGCCCUGCUGCGACUGCUGCGUGCACUACUGCUGCGAGCCCUGCGCGCUCGUCCAGGAGUACAAGGAGCUCAAGGCCCGCGGCUACGACCCCGAGAACGGCUGGCACCUCAACGUCGAGCGCCGCAACGGCGGCGCCGGCGUCAACCCGCCCGGCAUGCAGGAGAUGGGCCGCUGAUCGAACCCGGUUUCUCAAUGCCUUGCUCUAUGUGUGAAGGGAGUAUGAGUAUCCAUCGAGCAUGUGUUCCUUCGUGCUUGGUUUCAGUUCAUAAUGUGAUGUCAGGACCAGAAACGUGUGUACUUUUUUUCUUUGGGAUGGCAGAACGUGUGUACGUUAAUGUCGCUCUGCAUUUCAUCAUUGCAUUUCUAUGGCUGGCCACCCAGGCGGCCUCUCGUUUUGAAUAAAAAAUCGUCUUUGCUAUUCCUUA